AAGCGUGUAGUUGACAGUGAUUGUGGCAAAGUGUAGCCGUAUUGUAAAUAUCAUAAACAAGGAAAAAUUCAAAGUUGAAGGUCCAGUUAUUCUUAUAAAUCCAGGUUUCUGGAUAUUUGGAUUAUUUUACCUGCAUCUUCAUUUACAGCGAUGCCAAUCUGAUGUAACAGGGUCGCUAAAUGAACAGGACCGAAUUGUUUUGGGCUUAAAAUUGACCCGCACCCAUGUUCACGCAGACUUGCAGACGAAAAUGGAUAGUGACUGGCUAAGACUACCUUUAAUUUUGUUGUAUUUCAUUGUUUUUCUCGUAACAGGAGUGACAGUGAUAUUGGCAGCUGUAGGAAAAUCACUCGGAAUCAGGAAAUUAUACAUAAACACUCUCAUAUUAAUAUUUGAGUUUGGUAGGACAAAGAUAGAACGAUAUGAAAAAGAGAGAAAUCACAACAGAGAACCCAGAGAGUCAGAAAGUCAGGACGAUUCAGAUAAAUCCGACAAAGCUAGCGUAGAAAAUGGAGAGAAACCCCUGAUUCAGCGAGACAUAGCUAUAGAUGCCUUCCAGGGUAUACACAUACCAUCCAACAGGGCUGACUAUGACCUCACUAACCUUAAAAAGGAAUUCCACAUCUCGGAUAUCAUGUAUUUUGCAAAAUGUGGAGUUGAGGCCAUAAUUGAAGAUGAUGUCACCAAGUGUUUCUCAGCUGAAGAAUUACGCACAUGGAAUUUUUUAACAAGAACUACGCAUGGCCACCAGUUUAUAAGUGUUCGUCUUACAGUUUUAUGGUGUUUGGGAUGUCUAUUUAGAUACCUGUUUUUACCAUUUAGGCUGAUACUGUUAUGCAUUGGACUUGGUUGGUUACUAUUUUCUACAGCUGUUAUAGGAGUAUUACCAGAUAUACCAUUGAGAAGGCAGUUAAAUAGAUAUGCUUCCUUGGUCUGCCAUAGAAUCCUGUGUAGAGCCUGCUCUGCUGUUGUGACGUACCAUGGCAGAGAGAACAUGGUUAAGAAUGGGAUCUGUGUGGCUAAUCACACUUCUCCAUUGGAUGUUAUCAUUCUGUCCUGUGAUAACUGCUACUCCCUUGUGGGCCAGAGACACGGGGGAUUUCUGGGUCUAGUCAUGAAACUCUUGGCCAGGACUGCUGAUCACAUCUAUUUCGAGAGGUCAGAGGUCAAGGAUAGAUUUAUUGUUGCCAAAAGAUUAAGAGAGCAUGUAGAAGAUAAAAAUAAAUUACCUAUUUUGAUUUUCCCAGAGGGCACAUGUAUAAAUAAUACAUCUGUGAUGAUGUUCAAGAAGGGCAGUUUUGAAGUCAGUGAUACUAUAUACCCUGUAGCUAUAAAGUACGAUAAAAGAUUUGGAGAUGCGUUUUGGAAUAGCAGUAAAAUGGGAAUGGUGCAGCAUAUAUUUGAUUUGUUAACAAGCUGGGCUUUGGUGGCAGAGGUGUGGUAUCUCCCUCCCAUGCAUAGAAGUGAAAACGAGAGUGCUGUUGAUUUUGCUAACAGAGUGAAAAAAGAAAUAGCCAGACAAGGUGGACUGGUAGAUUUAUCAUGGGAUGGUCAGUUGAAGAGGAUGAAGGCCAAGGAGUCCUGGAAAUCCAAAGCACAGGAUGACUUCAGCAAAAUCCUCAAGGUCGAAUGACUGUGUUCACGUUCAUCUACUGAACUGUGCUGGCAUUAUAGACAUUUGUGGCAUUUGUUGUUAAACUCUUAUCAAAGGUAGCUGGUUCAUAAUAUUGAGUGAAACUACAUGAAAUUGUUUAUUUUUUAAUUUGCUUUAAUCAUGUUAAUGUGACCUACUGCAGUAGGUAACAGUCAGUUUAUUGGACUUAAAAUAGCAAUAGUUGUUGUUUUGUUGUGUUUGGAAGUGACAUUAUUUUACAGUUAUUGUACUGAGUGGUUUUUAGCUCACCUGAGCCGAAGGCUCAAGUGAGCUUUUCUGAUCAAAAUUUGUCCGUCGUCUGGUCGUCG